AUGCAAAUUACGUUACCCAAGUGGAAAGAAUCUGUCUACUCAGCGAACCAUGAAUGUCGCGAGCCAACAUCAGAAGAUUCACUGGCACCACGUAGUCAGGAUAGUACUCAACCUGACGGAGAACUGGACUGCGACUCCUGGGCCGAUCACGGCUGUGGCGAGGUUGAGCGGAAGCACGAAGCUAAGUGCGUUGGAUUGCACGACUUUGAGUACAUUCAAGUACACGACGCUGAGAGCGUUCGGGUGCACGACUGGUGUGACGGGGAGGAGGCGCCUGAGGUCCAGGUGAGUGGCUGGUAUAGCGAGAAGGUGAAGAACGUGGUACGGUAUGGCCUGCCUCAGAAGUGGAUGUACGACUGGAGUAUCGGGGCGGCAGCAUUAGACGAUGGCGACUAG